CCAUCAGUCUAGACAACAUAGAAUGAACUAGACAAGCUUACGGUCCGACUUAUGCAUCAUUCAUCAUUCCCGUGAUCCUACGCACGGACAUUGACAGGUGGGACAAAUCUUAAAGGGGGGACAAAUCCCAGAAUCGGGGGGACAAAUCCCAGCAGCCAUGUGCUUGGCAUGACAUCACCUCAUCACUGCACUCCAUCCAGCCUUCCACAUGGGUUGCGCCACUUCCCCCUUGUGGACAAGCUAACCAGCAGACAAGGCGGCUGGUGAGGAAUUGGGUCCCAUUGAAAGUCUUUAGCGAGCAAUGAAUUGGAUACUUCACGUGUACUAAUAAUAAAUUGGACUUGGGUAUGGAAAGUCUUAGGGGAAGCAUGAGUGUUAAUCUUUUCUCGAUCGAGAAACCUGUAUGGAAGUUGAGAAUACAUCACGCAAUAUGUACGCGAAUCAAUAAUGCAAGCGAAGAAGCAGAAUCGGCAAGAUGAUACAGUACAAUGCUCGGUGUGGUCUCGCGAUAUCAAGUGGUGUUCAUAAAUUGUACGAUUCAGCGCCCGUAGCCUACAUGUUGUCCAUACUACUUUCAAGAUACUUAUCCAAGCGCCACCAACACCAUGGCACACUAUUCGCAAGUUUAUGUUCCAGAAGUGAACUGGCAAACAAUCUUGCAGCAGCGAGGAGUUCAAAUGUCGUUGGCGUCAAGACGGGUACAAUCUCAGGACCGGUCGACGCAAGUGGUACAGCAAAAAGAGCAUCCGAGAACGCCCCCAGGACUGAAUGAAGUUAUCAUUCCAUUGACUAGACUGCAAGCGGAGAUGCACAAAUUCAGAGCCGAGAUGCAUGAAUUCAGAAUCGAGACGCGCAACAACUUUAAACAAAUCGAGGCAAAAUUGGAUAUCAUUAGCACCAAAGCGGAGAAUAUUGAGAACGGGAAACGGAAUAUUCUGAACCAUCUGCAGGAAUCAAGAACAAAUAUGCCACGAAUGGUGCAAAAACUGCUCUCGGACAUACAGAGAACGUUUAUGGCGGCCCUGGCGCCAACUCAGGACGUAGAGCGUUCAGAAGCCAAUUUGGACCGAGACUGGCUUCUCAAUCAGUUUGAAGAAAUUUCGAAAAUAAUUGUGGCAAGCUGUAAUGCCACUCAGCGACCAAGUCUACGAAAAUUUCGAUCGAUGGGCGUAGGCGAGAACCUCAGCACGCAACGACGAAAACAGCCAGAGAGAACAGCUAGGCGAAAGAAGAAAACUUACAAAUGAUAAGAAUAGCUUCUGACCGGAGCAUCGAGGGAUGAUUACAGUGUACAUGCGAAGGUUUUGCGUAUACAGCGGUAUGACACCAAGUCGCUCCCUUUUAAGCAUCGACGAAGAACUGUGAAGGAGUUUGAAGAUAAGUGAGACAUACUUGGUUAACAUCUUUGGUCAUUUUAUCUAUACAUUAACGGUGUUCGUGAUGUGAAUGGAAGUCACGCAAGUUACACAUAAUGCGAUUAGUUAUAGAAAUGAACCACUUUUUCUUCGC